GCACCAUAAAACUAGAGCGCACACAACACCACGCGUGUUGAAACCAAACGAGAGGACCAAACUUAAAAGUAACAAGAAGAAGUAGCGUUAUUUAACUCUCAAUCUCUACCUACUCCACACACACACAACAUGGCCCUCGUUGGUGUUCUCGCUUUACAAGGAUCUUUCAACGAACACAUAGCAGCUCUGAAAAGAUUAGGUGUUAAAGGUGUUGAGAUUCGAAAACCUGAACAACUUCUCACUGUUAAUUCUCUUAUCAUCCCUGGUGGUGAAAGCACCACUAUGGCUAAACUCGCUGAAUAUUUCAACCUGUUUCCGGCCUUGCGAGAGUUUGUGCAAAUGGGAAAGCCAGUAUGGGGAACCUGUGCAGGACUAAUUUUUCUCGCUGAUAAAGCUAUAGGACAGAAGAUUGGUGGACAGCAACUGGUUGGUGGACUUGAUUGUACUGUGCACAGAAAUUUCUUUGGAAGCCAGAUUCAAAGCUUUGAGACAGAGCUUGCAGUACCAGAGCUUGCAUCCAAGGAAGGUGGUCCUGAAACAUUCCGUGGAGUUUUUAUUCGUGCCCCAGCAAUUCUUGAUGUAGGGCCAGAAGUUCAAGUCCUUGCUGAUUAUCCUGUACCUUCUGACAAAGUGACCAGCUCUGAUUCCUCUGUUGAAGACAAAAAGGAGAAUGCUGAAGAAGAAAACAAAGUUAUAGUUGCUGUGAGACAAGGGAACAUACUGGCAACUGCUUUUCAUCCUGAACUGACAGCCGAUACUAGAUGGCAUAGUUAUUUCUUAAAGAUGGGAAAUGUGACUGGAGAAGAGGCCUCAAGUAGUGGCAUUGUUCCAGCACAAGUCAGUACAAGUUAUAAGCAACCACUACAGAAUGAGCUUCCUAUCUUUCAAUAAGACCAAGAAACUCACUAGAAUUUUCUUAAAACAAUUCUGGAAUUUUUUUUAUUUAUAAAAUUUCUUUUGGAAACAACACUUGAUAAUCGCUAGAUCUUAGAAGAUUGUUUAAUAGUAUUAUGUUUUGGAGAUAAAUAAUAUAUAAACGUGCUGUUUUCUGUAGAUAUCUAUCUAUAUACUACAUAAUUGCCUUUGGCUUUAAAAGUGUUGCAAAGUAUUCAUUA